AAGAGAUGGAGAGAGAAAGAGGGAUGGAGAGAGAAAACUCUACAGCGGUUCAGAACUGUAAGCCUGUUGUCUCUUCCUCUGAUACAUCUCAUCCCUUCAAACACUUUCUCACUUCAGUUGCUUCAUUCUGCUAUACAUGCCUGGUCUCUACAGAUACCCCAACGGAUCCUUCCCUUUUAUGUGCUCUAUCUAUAGAGCUCUGCUAAAUUCUAUCAUUCAAUGAAAACCCCUCUCUGUGUGCUGUAAAAGCUCUAGGUGGUUUUUUCUUCAAAACCCAAUUUCGAAAAGAAGAAUGAUAUUUUGGUAAUAUAUAAUUUCUGGGGAGUUCCUUUUUUGUGUUAUAUUAUAAUCUUCCUUGGCGUUUUCUCUGUUUUGUACUUCUUAUAGGGUUUAUUCAGGGUUUUUGCACUUUUUCCAUGGAAGAUGCUCUCUUUCCCUACUGAGCUUUUUCAUUUCUUCCCCAAUUUGGGCCUUAGAAUUGCCCUCCAAUUCCUUGAAUUUCAAUUCCAGUCACUCCUAUUGAGCUUGAAUUGAAACUCUAUUUCACGCUUUUGUGGGUUUGUCUAGAUGUCUUGUUUAAGUGGGAGUGGAAGGGCAUAUGGAUUGGACCUUGAACUUGUGAAAUCCCCAUCCACCUCUACAAGAACAUCACAAAAAUCUUCACCUUCUUCAACAAUCACUAAAUCAAGUGAUUCUCCAUUAGCAAUCACUACUCGAAAGCCUCGAACCCCUCGAAAACGACCAAAUCAGACCUACAAUGAAGCAGCUGCUCUCCUUUCCACUGUCUACCCCAACAUCUUCUCCAUCAAACACCUUUCAAAACCCCACAAAUUCAUCAGACCCCAUGAGCCUUCCUUCGAGGAGUCUUCGGAAUUGUUCCUCCCCUUUCGGGUUUUCGACAACUGUGGCUUCUUGCUCCAUCAUCCGGUUCCUGAAAAGCCUAAUUCCCAAAUCGAAUCGAAACUCGCCAGUUUGAGCUGCCAGAGUAGUGGGGAGAUUGAUUUCCGUGGGAAUUCGAUUGGAUUGGGCGAGGAGUACAGUGAAGAUUUCGAUACGGAAUCAAUUCUAGAUGAGGAAAUUGAGGAGGGAAUUGAUAGUAUUAUGGGGAAUCUGAGCACGAGCAGCAGCAACAACGACAAUGGUGGGAAUCCCAUUCCAAUUGGACUUGGCUUGGGCAGGAAUUUGGGGUAUGGGUUCGGAGUAAAGAGAGGAAUUAGGGCUUUCAGACAUAUCAAUAAUGGGAAUUGGUGGAGUUUUCCGACUAUAGAUGUGCAUCAACUCUCUCCAAGAAUCAACAACAAUUCGAAUUCUAAUUCAAAAUCGGGCGAGAAGAAGAAAAAGGUGGAAUUGAAGAACCCAGAAUUGACCGAAGAAAAUUCAGCGAAUUUGGGAUUGCUACUGAAAUUGAACUACGACGAGGUCUUAAACGCUUGGUCCGACCGAGGCUCUCCGUUCUCCAAUGAAACGCCAUCCUCCGACGGGAACGAUGUCUCUGUAUGUUUCUGGGUUUAGCUUUUCGAUUCUCAGUGUGUUGUUUCUUGCUUGUUUGUGGAACCCAUAAAACUGUGGACUUUUUUUUACUAUCUGUAAUGAUAAGAUUCAAUAAUUGAUAUUCCAGUUAUUCUCGUUGCUGAGUUAUA